UGGUGGAUCAGGAGAUCACAACACCCUCACACUCGUGAGAACCGUGCCUCCAGGUGCUGUAAGAGUCCAGAUCGCAGAUGUCCCUGCUGAGAUUGACCACCACGAUGUCAGUGGUCGCUGUCCUCGUGUUGCUGGUGCACGUGCAGCUCAGUUGUUCCUGUGACGCAGAACAACGAUCACUCAUCUGCCACAGCAUUCCUUCAUAUUUCAGCCCUGGUUAUUUGACCCUGGUGAUGUACGUGAACGACGUUGGGAACAUCAACUCCACGUUGUUUCACAGUGAAGGUCUGGCCUCUGUGACGCGGCUCAGGCUGGACGGCGCUGAUAUCACAGGAAUCGACGAAGGAGCCUUCGGUUCUUUACAGAACCUGACCAGUGUCAGUUUAAUGAGGAACUCCUUGACCCAGGUUAACUCAAACUGGUUCGCUCGGCCCGCUGUCCUCAGUGAGCUCAGCCUCUCAGAGAACCAGAUCGAGGCUGUGAAUGAGUCCAUGCUCGGCGGGUUCACCGGCCUCACAAAGCUCAGUCUGAGUAAGAAUCGGAUCAGAACCAUAGGUCCACACAGUUUGGCCUCACAGAGCAGUCUCGCAGAGCUGGACUUGUCCGAGAACAGGUUGACUCGGCUCUCGCCGCAGGUCCUCGGGCCUCUCAGGUCCACCAAGAUAAGACUGGAUGCAAAUCCCUGGGACUGUUCCUGUGCGGCUCAAGACUCUGUUCUCCUCAUCAAAGGUCUCCACAGUCGAUCUCAGCUGGACAGAGAGUCGCUGGUGACCUGUGUCACGCCUUCGGCCCUGAACGGUCGACCGGUGUGGAACGUGACGACGGCGUGUGAGACGUCACCUGAACCAGGAUCAACAUCAGUGUCUCAGUCCGUCAACGUCAAACCCACGAGUGCUCUCACGCCUGCUGCCUCUGAAAAAGUCGAAACAACACAAUCACAGCCAACGACGGAGCGUUCUGUCCAAACCACACCCACUGAUGGAGCCGUUCAAACGUCACACACUGCGUCAGAAACAUCUGUCCACCUCAGACCCACUGAUCUCCUCACAACAGUCUCCACACACACCGCAACACGUGUGACUUCAACUCCGUCACACAACGGAGCGUCCGGGAGUUGUGAGACGUCACACGCUGUGCAAACCAUACUGUCUGCACUCAUUGCUGUCAUAGUGAUCCUGUGUGUGCUGCUGUUUGUGGUGUGUUUCCUGCUCGUGCAGCACAGGAGGAAACACAUCAACGCGGCGGCGGUGACGCCUGGAAAGCCAGCAAACGAGAAAUCCGAGCAAGAGAGCGGAACCACUCGUGAUCGGUCUCCACUGGAGCCGCCUGACAGCAGGGACCCAGAGCUGCUUCUGAGGAGGACUCUCACCGGAGUCAGAGCUAAAUCGGCCGAUGCUGUUCUCUUUACGUCUCCCUUCGCUGCGUCUGGAAGUGAUCGAGUGGCUGAACAGACCGAGACGGAGCAGGAGGAGCACGCAGAUGGACACAGGGUGGAGAGUGAAGGAAUUUGGGGGCAACAUUUCACAAACAUCACUGAGACAAAUGAGAUGCAAACUGACGCCGACAUGAAGAUACAAGGAAACAGCCACUGUGUUGACACUGACACUGUACCCUAUCUGAGCAUGAGCACCAACCAGAUCACACCGCACCUGGAAAAUCUCAGCAGGGAGUCCACUGAUAGCUCGGGUCAAAGGUCACAGAUGGGUAAAAUAUUAGGGAGGAUCUCCACAUGGCCUCUGACUGCAGCUCAGUGGCAGCAACAAUGUCAAAUAAAGGAGGAGGAGGAGGGAAAUGAAGCUGAGAAGUUUCCAGGUCAAGGGGAGGAAACUGUAAAGAGAGUGGAGCAUCAGGACAAGACGGCAGAGAAAGAGAAGACAAAUCAAAAGGAAGAUUCCGUCCAUUUUUCAAACCAAGAUCACAAGACCGCAUCUCACUGUGAGGUUGUGAAGCAAGAAGAUCUGACCGCGGCGCGGUCGACGCGUCGGAAAACACCAAACCGAGACGUCAAACCUGCAGAAAACUCAACACACCAGAGCAGACAUGACCGAAGAGAGCAAAGAAAUGAAGAGGCCGCCGAAACGUCCAAGGCUCCCCCUGGUGGUGCCUCGCCCGAUGACGACACGCUGCUGGACGGCAACGAGUACGCCUUCAUGGAUCUGCUGCACGAGGUGGCGCAGAACAGAGGACGCUGGACACGGGACAGGUGGAGACACGUCCAUGCCAACAAGCAGCGGAAGACGGAGGUUCAGACCGUCACAGAUUAACAGUCAGUCAGAUUAACAGAUCCACAAGUGUUGAUAAAGUGGAAAAGUUUCUUCUAGAUUUACUGGCAUAAAGUAAUUAUGUAAAAAAAACAGGCAACAAUAGCACUUGUCAGUCACACUGGUGUACACUCAUGCCACUUACUGUAAUGUGCCGUGCUUUAUUGUCUCUUUUCUGUUAACUGUGAACAUUUAUUUACACAAUUUACAUCAUGUCCGAUUGAAAAAGAGAGGAAACGAUGCCAUUAUCUCCUCAGGAAAGUGUUUACUGAUGUUAUAUAAAUCAAGUUAAGCUCAUUUUCCCCUUAGACUUCCGUUCCAACUGAGCAGACUGAGCUUGCAACCAGUGGAGUCGCCCCCUAGUGGCCAACUGCUACUGACAUCCUACUCCCCGCGCUUCACCUUUCAAAGACGAUGUUCAUAUUUACCGUAUAUAUAUAUAUAUAUAUAUAUAUAUAUAUAUAUAUGUAGACUAUGGGGAGAAUAUAUAAUCAAAUGACACAAAUUUAACUCAAAUAUUUCAUGGACAGCAGCUUUAAACAAAUUAUUUUACCUGUAAAAUGAUUUUAAUGUAACCCAGGAAGAAGAGACCACAUUCCAGAUAAAGGAGCAUUAAUAAGCAAUAGAUCAGGUGUAUCAAACAUAUGUCCCACGGGCCAGAACCGGCCCACCAGUGGGUCCAAUACGGCCCCCAGGAUAAAUUUGUGAAAAUUACAAAAAAAUACUACAUUUUUCAGCUCCAGUUACCUGUAAAUGGUUAAUUUAGGCAUCAUAUUGUUGAAAGUGGACUUCUUUUUCUCAAGAAAAUCAGGUUGAUCAUAAUACAUUUUGUAAAAACAUAUUUAGAUGUAGAACAAAGGGAAAAUGUUGUUGUUCAUAGGUUAUUAUGCUAUUAUUUUACGCUUUGUCGCUUCAGAAAUUGUCAAAUUGAUCAAAUAAAAGUAUAUGAUUAAAUAAAGACACGUUUUCAUUCAUUCA